AUGACAAAGAAUAGUAGUUCAAGUAGCAGUAGUAGUUCAAAGAAAAGUAGUAGCAGUUCAAAUGGAAAGCAUAAAAGAAAAAAACAACAAGAAGAAGAAGAUGAUAUAGAUAUAGAUGGACUCGAUUUCGGAGAUACCGUCGUAUUACCACCAUCUCAACCUUCCCAAGCAACUACAAACAACUUCAACAACAACAAUAAUACAAGUCAAUCAAGUACAAUAUCAACAGCUUCACAACAACCUCCUCCCAUAGUCAUCAAGAAACAAAGAACCAAUAUCCCUAAAAGUAAUAAAAGUAGUGGUAGUAGCAGUAGUAGUAGUGGUAGUGGAUCUGGUAAACAACAAUACAAUCCUUCAGAAUUGGUAAUUAAAAAUACACCUGAAUCAAUUGUCAUAUCAAGAAAAGGAGAACAUUAUUCAUUUAAAACGCCUCCAACAUUUAAUGAACUAAAAGUAGUAGUUCAAAAUUUAGAAUUAAUUGAUUCAUCAGAUCCAAUGUAUUUUUGUGACUUAUCAAAUCAUCUUGUACAGGAUGAGUCAUCAUACCAGAAAUUCUUAACCACUCAAAACAAUAUGUUAAUCUUGUAUACAGAUGGUGAGAAUCCUUUAGAAACACCAGAAGAGAUUAUGGUUGAUGUUACACCUUCAAAAAAUAUUUUAUUAAAAGCUGGUACUUCUGAAUACAAUUUACCAAAUGCUGUAGCAGAAUUUAUAGAUAAUAGUAUUCAAGCAACUAGAAAUAAUGAUUUUUCAGAUAAACAUAUUAAAAUUACAAUUAAAAAACCUGAUCAUAAUAAUAUUUCUAGUAUAAUAAUUUGGGAUAAUGGAUCAGGAAUGAAUAAAGAAGAAUUACAAAGAUGGGCAACAAUGGGUAUGAGUCAAGCAAAUUCAAUAGAUAUGAAUCAAAUUGUGACGAAAACGUCAUCGUCAACACCUAGUUCAGCAGCAACUACUGGAUUGAUUUCAAGAUUUGGAGUUGGAGCAAAAAAGUCUGCUUUUUAUUUGGGUCAAGAGAUUACAGUUAUUACCAAAGUACAAGGUAGUAAAUUGGUGAAUCAGGCCAAGAUUUCUUUGGAUAUUCUUAGUGCCACUGGAGAUCAGGAAUGGAAAAUUCCAAUCACAGUGCGUGAGGCAUCCUACGAAGAGUUGGCUCACCCUCAAUUCACACAAGUGACAAUAUCCGAUGUUUCAAUGUUUAGCGACGCCUCAUUUGCCGAUACCAUGAUCAAUUUACAAAGAGAUUUGGCUCAUAUUUACUAUUAUUAUUUACAUGCUGAUCCUGCCAGCACCUCUCACUAUUCGUUUGACGAUGAUGAAGUUGCUGCUGCGGCGGCAGCAAAGAAAAAGAAAAAGAAACAAUCAUCACCCAAUUUAGGAACACAAGAUAUGGAUGAUAGUGGAGGUGAAUCAAGUGGUGAAGAGGAUAAUGAAGAUAGUCCAAAACCAGCCAAAAUAGUCAAGCCUAUGGAUUACCAUAUUUCACUAAACAAUGUCGAUCUUGGAAAGGUAGAAGGUGAUAUGGAAUCUUUGUAUUUGGAAUUUGGACAUCGAUUAAAAACAUUUGAAUUGCGUGUUCCAACUGUAGAUGGUGAAAGUUCGAUGGUAAUGGUUCAUUUACGUUACUUUCCCUACAUUAAUGAACGUGAAACACUUCCCAUUCCCUAUCACAUUCAAAGAGAACAUCCUAUUGAAGAAUUGGAAACAUUCCCUCUGACACUUAGAAAACCUGGAUUUGAAGUGUUUUGGAAUGGUAGACUCAUUUCAGAGGCUCAUAUUGAUCGUCUUGGUUUCAUGACGAUUGGUAUUGUAGAUGGUGAAAGACUCGAGGAAAAGUGGGUACAACGUGUAAAAGGUGCCAUCUUUUUAGGAUCUUCAUUCCCAGUGACACACAACAAGAUGCAUAUUAUCAAGGAACAUCAAAUCUUUUCAAAUUUGGAAAAGGCAGGAACACGUCAAAACAAUACAGAGUGGAAAAAGUGGCUCAAGCGAUGUCACAAAAUGGAUCAAGAUUUUCAAUUUGAAUUUUUACGUUAUGAUUCUGGUUUUAAUCGUACCUAUUGUAAAUCCAUCUCAUUUAAUGGUGUUACUUAUUAUAAUGAAGAACAUGUCACACUGACAACCAAACCAACCUCUCAUGGAACCAUCAAAUCCAUUUAUUUCCCAGGUACUCUCGAACAACGUACCGGCGACUUUUUCAUGGAAUAUGAAAAACUUCACUUUAAACCAAUGCCUCUUGAACAACAUCUUUGUGGUCGUAUCAAAGUAAAACUCAAACCAGCCGAAUUUAAAAAGCUACUCGAUACUGCAAAAUCCAAACUCCCAUCAAAGAUUAAGAUUUAUGAAGGUGAUGGUGCACCACUCCCCAAAAGAGAAUACAAUUCUGGAGAAUAUAUUAAAUGGUUGUCGAUUCAGUUGCUCGAUAGCCAACAACCACCCAAAGAGGUAGAGAAGCGUAUGAUUGAUUCUGAAAAGAUUCUAAUUACCCUCACCAUCAAAUACAAGAAUCCUCAGGGUGGUCCCGAGCAACUACUAUUCACAAGAGAGUCAUCUCUAUUUUAUCAAGGUGGUAGAAUGUCAUUCAAAGAUAUUGACGAAUUUAAACGUGCUGGUACAUACGAGUUUACGUUUACAUCAAACUAUCCUGGACUUUCUCCAGCCGUUCAUUAUGCCAAAGUCAUUCAUGGCAAGGAAUGUGGUGCCAUUGCUUCAUUUGACUUGACAAAAGAACAACAGAAAAAAGAUCUUUCAAUUUGUCUAGAAUCACCAUUUCCACUUGUUGUCAUCACUCUACUUGAUGAACAAAAAAAUUCAGUCCCCUUUUCCAACACUCCAAAUCCAAAAUCUUUAAAAUAUUCUGCUGAAGUUUUAAUUGAUGAUAAUAAUAAUAAUAAUAGUCAAGAUAAUCAAAAUAAUAAUAAUAAUAAGAUGAUUAGAAAGAAAUUACCAGGAGUUGUGAUAUCAGGACCAAUAUCAAUAUUAAUUGAUCAAGAUGGUAGAUUAAUAUUAAAAGAUAUCAAGAUUAUGCAAGGAGAUUUGGGUGAAGAGUCAGAAGAAAGAAUCAUAUUGUUUGUAGAAAUACCAAGUACUGAUGGUUUGACAACUUAUACUUGUAUGUUGGAUCCAAUCCGUGUUACUUCUGGUCCACCAGUUACCAUGUCAUUUUAUGAUGAUCCAUUCCCAACACCUUAUCAGAACCUUUCCUAUGUUCCAUCGUUCCAGGUAUUCCUCAAGGACAAGAGUGGAAAUAUUUUUGUGCCAGGGUCUGGUGGUGAAAAGAAUGAUACAUCGGUAUCAUCACAACGAAGCAAAAGGUCAUCUCGUGUCAAACAAAAUGCAAAUCAACCACCAUCGAGCUACAUUCACGUAACUAGUGCAGUUUUGGAUGAAGAUAUUAUGGUGGUUGGUGAUGCAGUGACAGGUGACUUUACAUUUGGUGACAGUAAAGCAUUGUUUAUUCGAGAAAAGGUUGUCCUCCCAUUCGAACUAGCUCCACAACCAAUGGAUAUUGACGUUCACUCUACUUCAAUCGUUCAAUUUACCUACUAUUUUGACAAAAAGGAAAUAUUCUAUUGUGAAAAGCAUCUAAAGAUUUUGCCAUCACCCAAACCAGCAUGUUUGCGUAUCGAACCAAUUAGCGCAGGUGAAACCAAUCUAGCAAUCACCAUGGACGAUGGAUCGUUCCGUACCAUGGCAGGAUCAACACUAUUGUUUGGACUCAAAGUGUAUAGUGCAGGUGGUGGUGGUCGUGGUCCUUUUGAAUUGAGUGGUCUCGAUGGAAAGAUCACAGCAUCAUGGGACCCCAAAUCAUCUAAAGAUAUGGAAAUGAAUCUAAACAAUAUGUUUACUCUACCAAAGCUGAUCACAGACAAGAUGACACGAUCGUUUAUCUAUUCUGUUACUGCUGCCCUACCCAUUACAGCAGCCACCGCAGUACCAUCUAGCAAGACCAAGAAAACGGCAGAAUUAAAGUGUGACUUUUCAGUUCAGACUACUGGUGGCACUCCAUCAUCGUUUUUCGCAACCUUUGGUCGUGGUACCACCACCAAGAUUAGAUGUGAUUCAGAGGUGUUUUUGGAAUUACGUCUACACGACAAACGUGGCAACACGGUUACACCAGCCGACUCUCGUGGACAAUUUGUCAUUGAACCAGUGUUUGAACUGGCUGCACAACCCGAUGCUGCCAACAAACCACACUCUCAAAUGGAAAUCAAGAGUACCCAUAUCGGAGAAUUUGACCCCGACAAACAAAUGUAUCCUUGUAAAUUGGUGAUGGUUGGUUAUGGUGAUUUGGCGCUGACAGUACUUGAUCGUAACAAAAAUAUAUCAGAAUAUACAUUACGAUUCACAAUGAUUGAAGGAUCGGCAUCGGCAGUCAAAAUCAAUGGUCUAUCUUUGGUAUCGGUUAAUUGUUGUCAUGGAGAAAACAUUGAGGACUUCCAAGUCACCAUUUGUGACACUCUAGGCAAUACAGUACCAACCAUCAAUGGUGUCGAACUCAUUUGUGAAUGGGCAGAUUCUCGUGAAACUCCCUUUGUAGUGAAACGUAAAACUAUCAUCAAGGGAGGUCAAGGACUGAUAUCAACAAAGAAUGUAGCUCUAACAAGUGUAGAUGGAGUGUACGAGAUGACAGUACGAACACAAUUACCUACCAUCAAACCGGCCACUGUGAAAAUCACGGUAAAGGGAGGUAUGUCUAUCUACCUCUACAAUGAAGAUCCAAUGGUCAUUCAACCCAACAUGGAUCUGCCACCGAUCCGUAUAGCCCUUCUCAAUGCCGAACGUAUGAGAAUGAUUGUCGCCAAGGAGAAUGUUCAUUUGGUGAUGAACCACAAGACAAUCGAUUGUGAAAAGACCGAUGAAGAUGGAUCAGUCUAUGUGUUUGCCGGUGCCAAGUCCUUUAGAAAGGCUGGUGAACAUCCUCUUCGAUUCGUGUAUCAAACUGCCAGUGGUCUCAAGAUUGAAUUGGGUGCCACUCUUCUCAUCAUGCCCGACCCACCUGCCAAGAUGGCCAUCGAAGGACAGAUUAGCGGAGAAACAUCGUCUGUCCUCGCAACCGACCUCAAAAUAUACGCCACUGAUCGUUAUGACAACAAAAUAUCGGCCAGUAUGAAGGGUGCCGUCAGAAUCAAACUCGUUGCCUCUCGUUCCGACAGUCAGAGCCAAAACAUGCCCGUCUUGGCUCAAGAAUACCUAUCAUCGUUUGAUUUGGCCACUGGAUACGCCACUUUUCCCAAAAUCGCCCUCAAAGAAAACAUUGGUCUCUCUGAAGCGUACCAACUCGUCUUUGAAGCGUCUGGAGGCAAGAUUCCACCCAUUCGAUCACAGGAAUUCUUUUUCCGCAACCUCAAAGAAGACAUUGACAAAAAGUCACAACUUGAAAUGCGUCGUGUCGCUCUGGGCAAAGAGAUUGCCGAUCUCCGUAAAAUGCAAGAGGAAACUGCCCUCAACAUGCAAAUAUCUCGAACCAAAAAAGAACAAAUGCGUGAUCAAUCUGAAGAUUUACUUGCCAAACUCGAAAAAUACAUUCCCGAUUUUAGCAAACAAUCCAACAAUCCAGAGGAAGUAAAGAGAUUUAUCAAUGAAGAUUCGGUUCGUUUGGAAGAAUUAAAGAAUCGUACGGACCGUCGACGCGCCCCAACACCCAACAAUCAAAUCUCUAGAGAAAUGUCAGAUUUGGCAAGAUCGGGUGGCGAAGAUACUGGUAUCAUUGGUUUAGUCAUGGAGAUUAUAUGUUGUGACAACCCAACAGAAUCUAAAUUGAUUGCUCGUGUCCUUGGCAAACGUAUGGAAGCUGUCAUUUUCACAACUCACGAUAAACUUCAAACCUAUAUGAACCGUUACAAAGAUAGUCGUAGUAGUGUUUCUUUUAUUGCUAUUAGUUUAAUUCAAGCUUUUUAUAGUAAUAAUCAACAACAAAAUGGACAAAAUGGUCAUCAACAACAACAAUCGCAACAAGGUGGUAAAUUACAAUUAAAUCCAUUCCCAGGAGCACCAUCUAAUGGAUAUGUUGGACAUUUGGUGAAUCGAGUACAAUUUAGAGAGAAACAUGAACAAUAUAGAGCUACGUUGGGAUGGACAUUGUUUAGAGAUACUUUGGUGUUUAACACUGUCAAGGAUGCUCUAGAGUAUAGACACUACCUCUCCAAGAGAAACAAACCUUGUCCAACCAUCAUUACACUGCAAGACGAAGAAAUCAUUGAAGGUUCUGGUUUUGUAACUGUUGGCAAAAAGGAUCAUGGUCGCGAUGAAUAUCUUUUGGGUCAACUUCCAGUCACAGAAACAGCAGAAUACAUUGAGUUGUACAGAAGAAAGAAUCUAUUGGAAGAAUACAAAAAAUCAAAACACAACUCUUAUUUGUUUAGAAAAGAGGUUGAUCGUGUUUUACAAGAAGAAAUUCAACGUGGUAUAGAACUUAAAGGUCAAAUUCAACAAAAGGAACAAGAACAAUCAAAUACUAUUGCUUUACUUCAAAAAUUGGAACCUAAAUUUUCUCAACAAAAUCAUUCAAGUUCACAACAACAAAAUCAUUCAAGUUCUCAACAAAAUAGUCAACAUCGUUAA